CUCCCAUCAAGACUCCUGUGGUCAUAUGACAAAGCUGGGAAAACCUCCUGACUCCCCCCUCCUCUUCGCUCUGUCAGUCGACUGUUUUCUGUCUGUCGUUGUAUGUGUGUGUAUAUGUGUCCGUUAGCUAGCUGUUAGCUAUCGUCACAAUCAACCGCAGCAACGCGACCAUGGCGGACAUAGCCAGGGACCCUCCACCGCAGCACACCGACUUCCAUGAGCUUGAGAACGGGGAGGACCUGUUCCCAGAACCGGUUGCCACACUAGAGUCGGAACCAGCCAGUCUACCUGCUGAGGACAUAAGCACCAACUCAAAUGGACCAAAACAGGAUUCACUGUUUGAUGAUGAUCCAGAGGACCUAUUUGCAGAGGCCACAGAGGAGGUUUCGUUGGACAGUCCAGAGAGAGACGUCCUGCUGUCUGAUGGCCCUUCGCCCGCCAUCACCCCCAUCACCCCUCCCACCUCCGUCCUCACACCUCGCAUCGGCCUUCACGACGACAUGUUCACACACUCCUCCUUUGACGAGAUUGAAGACGAGGAGGAGGCAAGCGAUUCAUUUGACAUGCACAUAUCAGUGUCUGACCCUGAGAAAGUGGGUGAUGGGAUGAAUGCGUACAUGGCCUACAAAGUGACGACCAAGACCUCCAUUUCUCUGUUUAAGAGUCAUGAAUUUUCAGUAAAAAGGCGUUUCAGUGAUUUUCUGGGUCUGCACAGUAAACUGGCCUCCAAGUAUCUGCACAUAGGCUACAUCGUCCCCCCUGCGCCGGAAAAAAGCAUUGUGGGGAUGACUAAGGUGAAGGUGGGGAAGGAAGACCAGUCGUCCAACGAGUUUGUGGAGAAGAGGAGGUCGGCACUUGAAAGGUAUUUGAUGAGGACAGUGAAGCUCCCCGUCCUGCUGAAGGAUCCUGACGUCCUUCAGUUCCUGGAGAGCUCAGAGUUGCCGCGGGCGGUCAGCACUCAGGCUCUGAGCAGCGCCGGACUUCUCCGGAUGGUCAACAAGGCCGCCGAAGCCGUCAACAAGAUGACCAUCAAGAUGAACGAGUCAGACGCUUGGUUUGAGGAGAAGCAGCAGCAUUUUGAGAAUCUGGAUGUUCAGCUGAGGAAACUUCAUGCCAGCAUGGAGUCCCUGGUCCUUCACAGGAAAGAGUUGUCGGUGAACACGGCGCAGUUCGCCAAGUCGGCAGCCAUGUUGGGGAACAGCGAGGACCACACAGCUCUGUCCCGAGCUCUGUCCCAGCUGGCCGAGGUGGAGGAGAAGAUCGACCAGCUGCACCAGGAUCAGGCCAACGCAGACUUCUACCUCUUCUCCGAGUUACUGGGUGACUACGUCCGCCUCAUCACCGCCGUCAAGGGUGUGUUUGACCACCGUAUGAAGACGUGGCAGAAGUGGCAGGACAGUCAGAUGCUCCUGCAGAAGAAACGAGAAGCUGAAGCCAAACUGCAGUUGAACAACAAACCGGACAAACUGCAGCAGGCCAAAGACGAGAUCAAAGAGGAGAUUGAGGAGCUGGAGGGGAAGGUCGAGCAGGGAGAGAGGGAAUUUGAACAAAUCUCAAAAACUAUACGCAAAGAAGUCAGCAGGUUUGAGAAAGAGAGAGUGAAGGACUUUAAAACGAUCAUUAUCAAAUACCUGGAGUCACUGGUUCAAACACAACAGCAGCUGAUAAAAUACUGGGAUGCCUUCUUACCCGAGGCCAAGGCCAUCUCAUAGAGUUCACACAAACACAACAGACAGUCCUGACUGGCUCCCGUCACACUACACUACCAAUAAUGCACCGGUCCUCCUCCUCCUCCUCCUCCUCCUCUUAUCCCCGGAGUGAAGAAGAGAAGUGAAGACAGCGAUUCAGCUCUAAGGGAUUUUUCUGCAGUUAAAAGAAUCAACAUCAAAACUCUCUUGAAUUUACACUUCUUCAUUUUUUUAUUCCUUUUUUUUUCUUUGCUGAAAUCGGUGUUGCGUUCAAGUCCUAGUAAUUGUUCUCUUAAUUGAUGCUUUUUCAAUAAUACUGUAAUGUUCACAACAGUCUUCUCGCACACUUCUCAUACUAUCUCCUUGUAAGUGUUGUCAGAAUUCAGCAACAUUCAAAGUCUGAGUUCCUGGAUGGGAUUUUGUUUAUAUAAACAUUAAACCUGCAACGUUAUUUUUAAGCCUGAAGCUCAUAUUUCCAUAUGAAAUGAACGCAGCAUGACUUAUGACUCUGGUGAUGGCUUUCCUCUCCAAACAGAUUCUAACACGGUGUCUGUUUUUACAACUUAGAGGCACCUUGUUCUUUUUUUUUUUUUCACCAGACACGAGUGGAAUGGGUGAGUGGAGAUGUGGGUGGAGCCGUGGGUGGAGGAGUCUCACUCUGUGAUUUAUUUUUAAUGAUUAACCUCUCUGUUCCUCAACAAAGACUCAUAUCCACAUUCUAAGGUAAAGACAAGGAACCCUUUGACUUUUUAUUUCAGCUCCGUGUCUCUGUGUUUGUAGCUAGGAAUGUGAAAAUGUUUAUCCGUAUUUUAUCCAUCAGUAACAUUAACGUUAUAGCAUUUGUAUCCAGCCUUAUUAGUUGUUAUGCUACCAUCAGCAGGUAAACAUGGGAACCACUAACACUUCCAAAACAAACCUUUAAGUUUGACCAUCGGAGGUUUUUGUUUUAGAAUUUGGAACGCGAGCUGUGAAACUGAUCUGGAGUCAGUGAUGAAGGACAACUGCAUCCUCUUUGUUAUUGUGUGUCUUGUACUUUCUGUCACCUCACUCACUUCCCCCUAACUUCUUUUUAAAACAAGAGCCCCUAUAUUUGUUGCUGUAUGAUCGCAAGUGAAGGCAACAUUUCCUUGUUUUCUGCCCUCUUGGAACCGAUGAGAGCAGAGGAGGAAGAAUCUCGCUCCUGUUUAGUUGUCUCGUGAACAUUGACAAACUCAAAAGUAACUUUUUUUACAUUUGUGAGUUAACGCGGUUUGAAAUGUAUCAAAGGAUGGAGAGUUUGCCUUAAAAGCACUGCCCCCCUUUCAACUUGAAUUGAUAUCAGCCUGUGUUUGGAAAACACCAAACCAAAUCCAAUCUAGGUCUGAGCACCCAAACCAGCGCCCAAGAUGCAUUUCAGAUUUAUCAACCUUUGCAGGACAAAUGAUGUUCUUGUUAGCAUCUAUGGGUUUCCACUGCAGAUGAAGGAUUUCCUGUUCAAAGAGACUGAACUGGAGCCAGAAGUGAGAGUGUUGGAGUAUUUUUAAGUGUGGAGGAAGUGAGUGAUUGUCGGGUGACAGUGUGUGUGUCCGUCCAGACGGGUUCUCUUCCUAUUGAUCAGUGUGAAGGUUGCAGUUGGAAAUAUUGAACUGCUCAUUUCUUUCUUGAUUUUUAUUUUGUUGGAUUUACAGCACACUUCAUUAUCAGAAUCACAUCUGACACCCUGAAUCUAUCAGAGAAGCUACAAAUCUCUUAUUAAAGUUGAAAUCAAGAUUUCGUUCAUCCUCAUCCCCCCCACUACUCCGUAAUUGUAAAUCAUAAAAACACUGUAAUGAUUGCUACAUUUUUGUAUUUUACUCCGUUUUACUCCACCUUUUCUUACCGCCUAAAUGAUGUGUAAUGGUUGAGAACGUUUAGUUGAUUUUAUUUUUUGUUGUUUUCACAAAUGAAAUGAGAAAAUCUUUAAUUGAGCAGAUUUUUUUCUUGGUUUUGUCAUGGCAUCCCUGCGGCGCUGCAGAGCAGACGUUUAAGAACUUUAAUUACAAUAAAGGAAUGUAUCUCA